CUCCACAACACACUCAUUCGCCUGGCUGCUCCUUGGCUUGAUCAGCUCACCCUUGCUGGCAGCAUGAGAGCAGUGUUGUGACUACGACUUGUUUGAGAAAUACUGCAACCUGGAGUAUCAUGCCUAGCAUUUGAAGUUCUGAAUUGCCUUUACGGAAUUAGAGAGCGCAAUGGGAAACACUAUGAAAACACCGAGAGCCUCCGCAGAAGGAGGAGAAGAAACAAAUGGGGCAAGCCAGACGGGUCAGGAGAGUGAUUUCCUUGCUGUCCUCUAUGACUAUCCCUCAGCAGACAUAAGCCAACCUAUAUUUCAUGUAGGAGAAAAACUACGUGUGCUAUCAGAUGAAGGAGGCUGGUGGAGAGUCCAUUCACUUACAACAGGACGAGAAAAUUAUAUUCCAGGGAAAUACGUAGCAAAGGUUUAUCAUGGCUGGCUAUUUGAAGGGCUGGGGAGAGAGAAAGCAGAGGAACUUCUACAGCUCCCCAACACCAAGGUCGGCUCCUUCAUGAUCAGAGAGAGUGAGACUAGGAAAGGAUUAUAUUCCUUGUCAGUGCGGCACAGGGAGGUGAAACAUUACAGGAUCUUCCGCCUUCCAAAUAACUGGUAUUACAUCUCUCCACGGCAAACCUUUCAGUGCCUCGAAGACCUUGUGAAUCACUACUCAGAAGUUGCUGAUGGUCUCUGCUGUGUCCUUACAACACCCUGCCUUACCCAGUGCACUAACAACCACAGCGUAAUGAAUCAAGUUCCUCCUGUGGUGAUGCGAAAUAAAAACUUCAACUGGAGAAGCAUUCACAGGCUGGAGAUGACUGGAGAUAAGGAAGGCACACUGGCAGCAAUAGAUGACUCCUGUCUCAGCUAUGGCCUGAGGGAAAGCAUUGCUUCCUACCUUUCCUUGACAGGGGAUGACAGCUCUUCUUUUGUGAGUGCCAGAAAGAAGAAAGCACAGUCUCUUAUAUACACAGGGAGCAAGCAUAAGAGUACCCUUCAUUUGCCACCUACAUAUUAUGAAGACUGACCAUGAGACAGCAAAGGGAAAAAUGGAAGCUGAGUGCUUAGAAAAAAUUACAGACCAUCCUGUGGUCCUGCAGUACUUCAGCAGCUGAGAGACAAUGCACACCAGCUGGUGAUAAAACUCUGACUGUGCUUCUGCAUUUCCUCAUCUGAAGGUUAACCACAGACCUUUGUGAGGGUACUAUCUCCUGCCAUAUUCUGGAAUUGUGCUGUGUGCACCUGAAAUUAGAAACUGCUCACUAACAAGAUAAACUGAGGCACUCUAAGCCAAGAAUUAAGUGAGGCAGAGGAUUCUUCAGUAAGGAUGAUGCCCACCAUUAUACAAAGGUGACUGGAUAUGAAAAGACUAACUCCAGCUUGAGACUGUAAAUUAAAGUCUUAGUCUAGUACUCUCCACAAGGCUGAAAAUCAUGUUUACAGAAUCUGCCUACUCUGAGAGAAAGAGCCUUUUUUAUUCUCCGUACAUACUCAUCAUUACCGGUGAGUUGGAAAGCCUCCAAGAAAAUAUCAAGUAAUUGUCAUCCAAGAGACACCUCGUUAUAUUAACUGUACACAUCUGUUAAUUCUACCUUCGGGGAAAAAAAAAUAAUGUCAUUGACUUUCCAAGAGGCUUUUAAUUCACUUGGGUGCAAUGGCCUGUAGUGUCACUGAAAGAUCACAAAACGAAGACCAGGCUUAACUCAAUGAGAAGUUCUUGCUAAGGCCUGAGAUGGAAGAACAGGCAUAUCCAAAAGCAGAACCUAACUACUCUUAAUCCAGCGGAUAUUCAUCAGAGAACCAAGUGGGUGUUUUUUAAAAUGAAAAGUAAAAUACUGUAAUAUAAUGCCUAACUGCAGGCUGGCAAACGAGUGACCUUUAAGUAAAGGACAGAACUUGAACCUCAUCUCCUGAAGGCACACCAUAUUUAUGUAUAAUAUUUAUAUUAAUAUCAGCUUUUAAAUAAUUAAACUAAUAGAAAAAAUCAGAAACAGUGGAUGUUGAAAAGUUUUCUGAACGUCUUGUCUGAAGUAUUAUGUAAAAUUGCUUUACAAUUUCAUUAAGCAACUGGGUUGUUUUAAAUAUCACAGACCAGAGAAUUUUUCAAUGUAUAUGUACCCUUGCCAAAUUAAAAAGAAGCCUGAUAGUGACAGAUCAAGGGGGAAUGGAUUUAAAAUAAAAGAUGGUAGAUUUAGUUUAGAUAUUAGGAAAAAAUUCUUUAUUCCAAGGAUGGUGAGGCACUGGCACAGGCUACCCAGAGACGCUGUAGAUGCCCCAUUCCUGAAGGCACUCAGGGCCAGGUUGAGUGGGGCCCUGGGCAGCCUGAGCUGGUGGAUGGCAAUCCUGCCUACAGCAGGGAGUUGGAACUGGGUGAUCUUUGAGGUCCCUUCCAACCUAAGCCACUCUAUGAUCCAAUCAGAUUACCUUGGAACUUGACUUGUGUUUACUGUGUAAAUUAUGUAGUCACAUCUGGGGACGUAAGAUGCUGCAAUUUAUGUACUUGAGUGGGCAUCUUUUCAAUCUAAUCCGCUGCUGUACUCUUUUUUCUUUUUUCUUUUUUUUGGGGGGGUGUGAAGUGGGGUGCAGAUUUGAGUUUAGAGACAGAGGGAAUUAAAUGCAUUUCCUCUGUAAAUAUCUCUUGGCACAUAUACUAUAUCUACUAUAGUCUAUAUCUACUAUACAUCUACUAUAUCUAUAUAUACAUCUACUAUAUUAUAGUAGAUCAUUUGCACUAGAGAGCAAGAGAAAGUCUGAGAAAAAAAUAGUGUAAACAUACUUCAGAACUUUUAAGGUGAAUGUAGUUUGGCUGAUAAACCUUGAAUAAAAGCUUUGAACAAAAAGCAAAAUGAACUCAUGUACUUUAGAUGUUUAUAUAUUCUCAUCAUUACUGUUAGUAAUAUAGUGAUAUUAUAUUUUUAUUGUGUCAACUGUAUUGUAACCAGUGAAAUGUAUAUGGGGAGCAUUACAGAUUUCUAAGUUGUGACUCACAUUCAUUAAAAUAACACCCAGGAGUAACUUUGUAUUGCUUUAAAAGAUUGAAAAGCUGGCAAACAACUAUUACAAGCACCUAGUCUUACAGUGAUAUGUCUAGAUGUUAUCUUUGACACAGCACAACAAGAAAUCCAAGAGUUCAUGCAACCUGGAAAACACUUCAGUCUCCACUCUGCAGAAAGGGCUAAGACAUGCUCUGAUGAGGACAGGCACACAAACUCACAGAAUGGCUGAGGUUGGAGGUCCUCUGGGUCCAUCUGGCCCAAUCCUGCUCAAGCAGGGACACUCAUAGAAGUGCUUCCUUGUGUUCAGAAGGAACCUCCUGUGCUCCAGUUUGUGGCCAUUGUGUCUUGUCUUGGCAGAGAUGAUCCGGUCCCUUAAUAAUUUUUGUGGCCUUUCAACUGAAAUCUCUCCAGUAGUUCUCUGAUACUGUGGGCCCCAAACUAGAUGCAGCACUCCAUCGAUAUUAACUAGAUUUUCUGGCUAGAAGUAAGUAGAUUAAUUGUGUAAUCCUUGGUGUUAUGCACACAACCUAGAUAUAUGUCUAGUUGCACAUUUGCAAUUUCUCCAUGAUGACUAUUUAUACCAUCACAUUGUACAGGAUAGACAGUGUUGGGGAAAAAACAAUCUCCAGGCUGCUAGGACAGUACACUUUUGUUACCUUCCUCUCCAGACUAUGGUUUGAGGUAUACAUGAGUAAAGUUGCAGGAAGGAUGGAACUUGGAUGAAUUUUCCUAGCAGGUAAGUCAUCUGUGUACUAAGAAAUAAUUAAAAAGAAAUGGAAGGCACCCUGAAGUUUCUCUACUCUCCUACUCUAGAAAGGACUAAUGUCACUUAGCACAAUCCUGACACUUUUAGUUUGUUUCUAAAAGCCACCAAAAAUACACAGCUUUCCCCUGCUUCAGGCAAUUCCAAACCCUCCUGGCUGCACAGUGGAAUCUUGCAGCCAGCAACUGGUUGGAAAGUCAGAAGAAAGUCUCUAGUCACCCACUUUUAAUCAAUUACAAACACGGUGGCAUCACUCCAUGGCUUCAGCAGCUGUAAGCUAAACUGGAGUUACAGGCAGAUUACUGGGCUUCUGCCCUGGCCACGCAUUAACAUAUCUAUAAGUAACAUGAUUAAAUAUGGCAUGUGGCAUGGGAAACUGCUGGGUUUAAAUAACACAUAAAGUGAGAGGGUGACAGAAGCUAUGAAUUGAGAGCACGUGAGUGGAAAAGACUGUGUUAACUGGAGCCUGGUAGUAGAUGGAUCUUUGGGAAUCAGGCAGCUUCUCCCUAUUUUCAGACAUGACAUAUGCUUCCAAAUGCUUCCAAGUCCUACAGUUAAGUCAACAGGCCUCUUACAUAAAAUUGCAUUGAUAUAUAACUCAAUUAAUCAAAAGAUGACAUCAAAAAGUAUUAAUGCACUUAAUUUGUUUUAAAAUAGAACACUAAUCAUUAAGAUUUAAUAUAUUUUUUUUAAUAUCAUACUAGUGAAAGAUGAAAUGAGUUAUAAGAAAGAGUCACCCUGACAGUUUUGCAUUAAUUUUGUACAGUCUGUUUUCCAAUUGCUUCAAAACAAAACCUAUUACAGGACAGAUAGAAGAAACUCAAAAGCACUUUGCACACCCAUAGAAAAAUAGUAUUGCUUAAUGGGAUUUCCCUCUGGAAAUCUGUUAUAUAUAAUCAGUGUCAUGGUUCGUUGUCUGUGUGCAGCUCCCUUUUUUUUAUAAUGAAAUUAGAAAAUUUUGUCAUCUUAUAGAAAAAAACAAGACACAUUCCUUUACAGGAGAUAUAUCAGAGAAAUUUGAAGAAAUCAAAAGUUUUAUGUUGCAUACCUACUUUACAAAAAAAAAAAAAACAAAAAAAAAAACAACAAAAAAGAUGCAGUAGAAUUUUGAGCCACUGCUAUUAAUGUUGAUUUUUUGCUUUAACAAAAUUAAAAUUAAGUCCACCAUGGCACUGUAUGAAGUAUUUCACAAUACUAUUUUGAAAUAAAUGAAUUAUCCUGCUUUUGCUGAGGCAAAAGUAAGGUGUUCAUGGUCUUGGGAAGAAAAUUGCUGUUACAGACAUUAAAUCAGUGGGAAGAAUUGACACAUCUGCUGCUCAUUGCAUUUUCCACUGCUUUCCACUUUUCAAUUAUCCACUUUUCAAUAUUUCAACAAGCAGUUCAAUAUUCAUUUUAUAAAAGACCAAAAAGAUGCAGUGUGGAAACAGACUCCAGCAACAGCGAUAAACCAAGAUGCACUUUCACUUCCCUUUCAUCAGUUGCUCAACUGGUAAAUUGCACUGUAUCCUGUUACAGCUCUCAACAGGGCCACAUCCUAUCCUGUUUCAGAAAAGUGUGUUUGACUUCAGAGAAAGAGUAGGAUGGAACUGUAUUGUGGGAGAAGAGGACUCUACUGGCAAAUUACCUUCUAUGUCAAAAGACGAGUAAAAAACUGUGAAUUGUGUUAGGAAUUAUCUGAGAAUGUCCUUAAAAAAAUACAGCUCAUGAACAGUAAUUUUCAACAAUUUCCCUUGUCUUCUGUGCUAGGGUUAUACAAUUAAAAUGGUCUUACUGAGAUAUGGAGAUGCACAAGGCAAGUUAUACUUUUUGGCAAAAAAGAAGAGAAAUCAAAUAACAAAUAGAGACUUCAUUAUUUUCAAGGCAAGUUUUUAAUAAAUUGGGCCCCGGGUUUCCUAGACUAAGUUCCUCUGCUCACAUUUCCAAGCAUAUAAAAGUCCACUGAAGAUUAAGCCUCAUUUCACAGCACAGUACUCUUAUUUGAGGCUGUGAAGAUCAGUGGUAGUAUUGAGGCUGACAAAACUGGACUAAAGUCCUGAAAUUCAGCAUAGGAAGGGCAGUAAGCACAGAGAACAGCUGAGGUGAUGGCAAAAAAAAUCCAAGCUGACAAGCAAACAUUUUGGAGGCUUUGAAACUUGAUUUUCUUUUAAGUGAAAUUGUUAAUCUGUCACGAGAUCAGAUAAAGACCGGAUUCUUCAAACAUGCGGAUGUUUGGCUCAUCAUUUCUAGAGUCUAAAAACUGCUGAUCAAUAACUGUAUUUAUGGAAUGGAAACUAACCUGUUGUCCUUAUAAAUUAUGAAAGAAAACUAUUUAUAUAACACAAAAAAAACCACAGUGACGAGAAAAAGAUUCUUAGUAUGACUAAAUCAAUCACCAAAUUACAUCUCUUGUACAUCCUUGUGAAACACCUAACUCUGGAGAUAGCAAUCACAGGUGAGAAGAAAAAUAACUACAGCAAUAACAGUUAUAUUUGUACUGCAAAAGACAUGGAUGAA